AUGGGGAGCGAGUGUUGCAAGUGCGCGAACGGCAAGAAACCAGCCAUCGCUGGUGGCUCCUUCUCCGAUGGAUCGGAAAAUCGAACACGCGGAGAUGUACCGAUACCAUCCGAUCGAUACCGAAUUCAAAUGCGAGGCAAUGUCGUCCAACUGACCCUCACGCAAUCGCAAAAAGACGACGCAGGCCACUAUGCUCUGGUGGCGACGAGGGUCGGUCAAGGAUUCGAUAAAGGAUCCUCGAAGAAGAUUCACCUUAGCAUCGACGAAACGAUCUCCGAAGAGGGCGAUCCUCCAGUUUUCCUGCGACGAUUGACCGAUCUGGCAGUCAAGGUCGGCACCAGAACUAGAUUCCUCGUGGAAAUUCGAAGUUCAACGACUCCGAAGAUUACUUGGCACAGAAAUGCCGAACCGGUACACGCGGGCUCGAGAUUCUCUUUCGUCCACGAAGGGAACUUCUACUGCGUGGACGUCGCCCCAGUCACGGUCGAUGAUGAAGGGCACUGGACAUGCAUGGCGGAAAACCAAGGCGGAAGAUCCUCCUGCACUUCCCGUCUCACGGUGAUCGUCCCAAAAGCGUACAAACGACCAGAAUUCGUCGAGGAAUUACGCGCUCUGCUCACAGAGACCGGUACAGUGUCCUUAGAAUGCAAAGUCGUCGGUGUGCCUACACCGGUGCUAAAAUGGUUCAAGGAUGACAAAGAGAUCAAAGCCGGCGAUGUCUUUGCGUUAACCGCGAACCCCGAUGACCCAACCUCCCUUGGCAUUUAUACGUGUGAAGCGGUGAAUUGUAUGGGAGUCACUUAUUCUUCUUCAAAAGUGCACGUUGUUGGAAAAGGUAGCAGAGAAGGUUCUUUGAAGCCAGCGGAUUCUCUAACUCCAUCGGGUCCUCUUCCUAUUUUCAAUAAAAUUCUGCAGGACGAAUGUUGCCGAAUUGGGGAGACGCUUCGUCUGGCAUGCCAGGUCCAAGUGCCGCCGUGGCCAAAGGCAAUAACAUGGUACAACAAGGAAGGACGCAUCGAGGCAAGCGACAAAUAUCAUGUGAUGGAGGACGGUCUCGGUGGAUACUGCGUCGAAGUACAUCCGGUGGAAGCUAUGGAUGAGGGCGAAUGGAAAUGCGUCGCAACCAGCGCGGAAGAUAUGAAACAGUUUACUACUUGCUACGUGGCAAUGUCCAUUCCAAAGAACUAUAGAAAACCGCGCUUCAUGGAGAGCUUGAAAGCUGUCCUAACAGAGGAAGGAUUGGUGUCCUUUGAGUGCAAGGUUGUCGGGUUUCCAACGCCGUUGCUGAGGUGGUUCAAAGACGGCCAGGAAUUGAAACCGGGAGAUGUUUAUCAAUUGACCGGGACCAACUCCUUGGGUUCCUAUUGUUGCAUUGCGAGAAAUUGUAUGGGAGAAGCAAAAAGCACAGCCGAACUAACGAUCGAAGACAUUCAGAAUCAAUUGAACGAAGAAGAACGUAUGCAGCUCGUGAGCACGAAUCAACCACCCACUUUCAUCAAAGGUCUCAGGAGUUACGAGGUGAUGAUCAACGAAGAUUUUCGAUUUACUAUACAAGUCAGUGUUGUACCCGAGCCAAGCAUCUCUUGGUACAGGGACGAUGCUCCGGUGGAAGAAAACGAAAAAUACCACGUUGCCAGGGAAAAUCUUGGCACGUGCCAUCUCGACAUACGAAGGCUUGAAUUUGUCGACCAAGCAGAGUGGAAGUGCGUGGCUUCCAAUGAUUUCGGCCAUAGUGUUACUUCCUGUUUCCUGAAACUAAUCAUUCCCAAGCACUUCAAGAAACCGAAGUUUCUUGAAAGUUUGCGCGCCAUAUUAUCGGACGAAGGCGCGGUGAACUUGGAGUGCAAAGUGAUCGGUGUCCCGCAACCGAUUCUGAAAUGGUACAAAGAUGGCGUCGAACUGAAGCCAGGUGACAUACACAGAAUCAUUUCGGGACAAGAUGGCACAUGCUGUUUAGGAACCUACACCUGCGAGGCUACUAAUUGCAUGGGAACGGUCAGCAGUUCCGCGUCUCUUCUAGGUUUCGAAGAUAAAUUGCCAGUCCGAAAAGAAGCAAAGGAGAUCCAGUCACCGAAUGGCCACGAGCUCGCCAGAAACUUGUCCCUUUCGACGAUACACGAGGAAAGAACCUCUCAAAUGUACGAUACACCGCAAACCGAUCAUUCCGUUACGUUAGACGAUCGAGGAGAGGUUUCCUUCAGCUUCGACGGGAAAGAGGUAUCCGUUAGCCUUUACGAAACACCGGAUCUCACCGAAGAAGAAGCCCUUCAGAUCGUCGAGAUGUACGCCGAUCAAUUGUCUGAACACGUAACAGAGCACAACGUCAUCGAGCUACCGCCAAUGAGGUUCGUCAAAGAGUCCUCGAACUCCGGGAACCUGUUAAUGGAAGCAGUAGUGAUCGACGUGUCGCCGGACUAUUUCGUCAGCGCAGAAGAUGGCGACGACCUCCGUACCGAAGCCGAUUUCGAGGAUGCCUCCAUACUGGACGAUAUAACACGAGUCCUUUCAUCCCCCGAACGAGACUCCCGCAGCUCCUUGAAGCGAUCCGCGAGAUACAGUUUGGAAGACGACGACAAACCACCGACGAGACCUCCAAGGAAGAAAUCCAGUUCCUCCUCUAAAAGCGAGAAGAGCGAAAAGAGUCAAAAAAUAGAAUCGGAGAGUUUCCACAGUGCCCGGAGAGACGAAAGAUUCUCCCCAGUCUCUCCGAUCUCUCCUGUGUCUUCUCUCAGGCAGGACGAUAGCGACACAUUCGCUGACGCUCUGUCGUCAGCUCGUCUGUCCAUCUCGGAAAAUCAGAUCCAGAAGAUGUACGAGGACGCGCAAGACAGAAAACGUAGUCUUAGCGGGGACAAGACCGCUGGUUCGAGUAUAGACGACGGAAUAGGCGGUGAUUCCUCGUUCGAUUCGGUCACUGGCGCCCCGAAGAAGAAACGACACCGGAAGAAGAAGCACAAACGAGACAAGGGCAGUUCCGAGGAAUCCUCUCUGGGCAGCGAGAUUGACGGGAAACGACGGAGAAGUCGAUCUGGCAGCGCGAAAACCGAAUUGCAUCAACGUAUCGAAUCCAUAAACAAGACUGAAGAACCGUACGUCGAGGACGUGCCGGAUAGAUCGUCCGAGAAGAAGCAAUCCACCAGCGAGUCCGACAAGUCCAUGUCUAAGAGCAACAAAGAACGGAUGCUGGAUAGCAUGAAGAAACUGAAGGAUCCUGUUCUUGUGGUACGAGACACUUUGGUGGACAUCGAUAGCCUCGAUGUUACAUUGAACAACGCCAACGAAGAAGCAUGUAAGGCUGUCGUGGCGGAGAAUAUCAUAAGACCGAUCCAGAGUCUUUGCGAAGAGGUGUCCUCUGUAGAGGCCAAAGCUCUGAAGGGCGCUGGAGAUAGGUCACUGGCUCAGAAUAUUCGAAUUUCUUUGCUGGAGACGAUUGGAGGUCCUACGGAGGAACUUCUUCGGGGCAUGGAACUGAUAGAACGCCAGGACAGCCUGAAGAACCGUAAGACGGACCUGAUAGCAAUUCUAGAAAGCCUCGUCGAUCCUGUCGAUGAGAUUCUGAUGGGUGUCACAAAGAUCGAGCACGAGCUGACUGGCCGGGCGAAGGGCGAGAAACCAAUUGUUCUGAUCAGAAUGAUCUCUGCAGUGUCCAAGCUCGAUGAGAAUAUUAGAAAGAUUUCCACGGUUGACAAGAGAGCCGCGAGAUUGGUCUCUAGCGUCGAGGAGAUUCUAAAUACCCUAGACUUCUUUUUGAAUGACGUCUCGGUGGAUCCUGCCAAAGGAACGAUAGAGACUGUAGACACUGUGGUAGUAGAAUCUCUAUCCAAAUCUGUCGAAGACAUGGCGAAAGCUCUGAACCAUCUGUCGAAGACAGAAACCAAGGACGAAGGAGUUUCGAAAGCGAUGGAGCAUCUUCUGACUCCAGCGCGAGAAUUGAAGACGAAAUUGGACACUUUGAAGACUGCUCUGGAAACUUACGAGUCGAAGGGUAUAUUAUCGGAACAUCGUACAAAACUGAUCGAAUCUUUGCAAGAAUCGGUCGGCCAGACUGUGCAAGAGAUAAAAAGAGUGAAAGAUACGAAGCCCGAAGAGGUUCAGGAAAUGACAAUCGAAGAGCCCAAGCAAGACAUUCUGAAGGAAGUGAGACUGACUCUUCAAGAGUCGAUGAAGUCUUACGAAAAUGUCGCGGGUACUCUCGAUCCUAGACUAUCCAGUAUUUUCGAUCGAGUCGACGAGAUGUAUCGAAGAUUGAAGACUCCACAGAAGAAAGAAAUCGGUAUAGAGUCUCUGAUGAGCCUCGAAGGUCCUCUUUAUUCCCUCCAGUGCGCUCUGACUUCGGUUUCCAUGGGAGAGAAUGCUGACACUGUGUUCAAGCUUUUGGAGCCAGCAGUUUCUCAACUAAAAACUACGGUCUCUGGUCUAGACGAUAACACUUUGCAACCUGUAAUGGAUGCCUUGACUAACAUUGACAAAACGAUCCACGGAAGUGUCAGCGAGCACGAGGAGUCGGUUUCUUCGAAAUCCAUUCAGGACGAGCCACAGACCUUGACAGAUAGGAUCCUCGAUCCUCUGAUAGACGUUCAGUCGGCUCUGAGUACUGCGCUUCAGAACGUCGAGGACGCCGAUUCCGUCACCAACGGAGCAUCCAGCGCACAGAGAUUGCUAGCCUCUUCCGAAAUAGCUGCUUGCUUGGUGGAACUUCGACAAUACGUGUCGGACACCACGCGUACAGCAAUGACGCUUAGGGAAGACGAAACGCUGAACAGUUUAAUAGACUUGAAGGAACCUUUGCUCGACCUCCAAUUAGCUCUAGCGUCCGAGGAACGAACUGUUCAGGAACUACAAGUGAUCCGUAAAGUACCGUUACCGAUUGAAAAACUGAAGGCAGUUGUGUCGACUGUGUUGCGUCACUCUGAGUCCCAAGAAACGACGAAAAUGGUGAAGGGUAUUUUAAAAAUGGUAGGCGAUAUCCAGACUCAGUUACCGAAAACGAUAUCUCGUCUGUCAGAGAUCGAAGAAGCUCAGAAACAUUUCCUGGACGGUUUCAAUGUAGAUCAGAAUCUCAGCGAUGUCCACUUUGCUCUGUCUUCGGUGUUAGAAAGGCAGGAGAAGAGUUACCCAUCUUAUACAUCAAACUUGGCCGGUUGCAUCGAAGAACUGCGGCAGAGUAUAGGUACAUCGGCAGUUGAGAUCGCUAAUUUGAAGAAUCCAGUGGACGACGAUAUUAUACUACAAGUGUGUCAACUAAAAGAGUCUCUACUGACCCUGCAGAGAAUCUUACUGACGCAGGAACACGAUCCUGAAGAAGAGCAGAUUCUGAAGGAUUUGAUGAAUCCCAUAAAAAAACUGAAGAGUCUGGUUCAAUGUAUCAUCGACAGUGAUGCAAAAACAGAUUCUGUUCUUACGGUUUUGGAACUGCUGGAGGAAAUAGAGAAAGACACGCCACUGAUCGCGAAAGAAGCUUCGAAGAAGAAGGCACGAAGAGAAGCUGGGACACAGAAGGAAGAGACGAAGAAAAUGAAUAUUGGAUCGUUCGGUCUGGCAGACAGAAUCAGUCGAUCUUUGGACCCUAUGAAACACUGGUUGUCGACUGCUUCGGAAGACAGUAUGAAAGAGGAAGAAGAAUCAGUGUUAAGCUCUACCAUCGAUGAGCUGAAGAGGGACGUGAAUAAAAUCGCCAUUGAAACGUCCUACUCCGAGCCUCCUAGCGAUGAGAAUCUGAUAGAAGCAUUGGUGGACCUCCGAGAGCCCUUAAUGAGGCUUAAAAACGCGAUAUCAAUGUACCAUCAGCCAGCAGACUUGAAUACUCUAGAAGGACUGAGUAGACCUAUGAAGCAUCUUCUACAGACCAUCAUGGACGUUCUUCGACAUCACUCUCGAGAGAAGUCCCUGCAACCAAUAGUGGACAUCGUGGAAGAAAUUGAAAAUCAAAUACCAAUUUCUAUCAAAGAAGCUUUGUACAAGAAAGAACUUAACGAGGUGGUUAAGUCAAUGAUCCAGGAGGAGAAAGAGCUGAUCACGUCCCAAGCAACGAUUCAGGAGGAGACCUUUCCUCGCGAGGGAAAAGAAGAAAUGAUGAAUACAUCUCAAGAAACCAUCCCUGAAGGAACACUGAUGGAUACUACUACUGUGCUUCCUGCAACCCAAUUUUCGGAGUCGUUUGUAGAGCAAACGACGAUAGAAGAGAUCAGCUCGCAGAAGACUGACCAAGUGAUCACACAGAUUGAAGAAUUAUCGAGGAAAGAAGAAGUGGACAAGGCGAAGAAAAAAGAGGAAGCUGUUGGCCUGAUCGUUUCCAUGUCGAAGACACUAGAAAAUGUUGAAUUUGAUGUUACUGGGAUUUUAGAAGACUUCGAACAGCCUACAGCGAGUAGCACAGCACUACCGACUUCGACGUUGGCUAACUCUUUGGAACAAUUUAUGAAAACAAUUUCUACGAUGCGUGUGAUGACCGAAAGUUACGUGACGUCAUCUGAUUCUUAUGAACAGAGAAUCAUCAAUACGGCGCCCAAGAGCUCUUCAUCCUAA